AUGAAGUUUUCUCCUCUGGCUUUCCUUGCUGCCGGGCUCCUGUCCGUGUCGACCGUCGCAGCUCAUGGCCAGCUUCUCUCGCGCUCCGAGCUCUCGCGCUGUGGCGCCCUGGCCAGGCGCGGUAGUUCGCACGUGGCUCGCUUCAACGAGAAGCGGUACGCCAAACGAAUGGCUAAGAGGGACUGGGGCAACGGCAACAGCACCGUCGAGGUCACCACGGCGGCGCCAUACUACGAUGUGCUCAUCGACAUGGGCACCUGCGAGCCGCUCGAGGGCGCCCUCGUGAGCAUCUGGUCGGCCAACGCGACGGGCAGCUACUCGAGCUUCACGGGCGUGGACCCCAACACGCCGUUCAAGGAAGUCAUCACGCAGCACGUCCUGACCAACUUCACCGUCGGCGAGACUGAUUUCCACACGGACAACACGACCUUCCUUCGCGGAAUAUGGCCCACCAACGCCGAGGGCCUGGCCGAGAUCAAGACCAUCUACCCGGGCUUCUACGUCUACCCGGGCUUCUACGCCGGCCGCGCCAUCCACAUCCACGCCCAGGUCUACACGGACUGGACGCUGUACGGCAACGGGACCCUCAAGUCACAGAACGUCGUCUCGACUGGCCAGCUGUACUUCGAGGAGGAUGUGUCUGCGCACGUCAUGUCGCUGGAGCCCUAUGCCUCGCAUACCGAGAUUGUGCGCCGCAAGAACAGUGAGGAUCGCCAUUUCGCUGAUGGGAUCUCUGAAGGUUUCAACCCCGUUAUAACUGUUGUUCCUGCAGACGGGGAGAAUAUCGAUAAUGGUGUUGUGGGUUACAUCACCAUGGGCAUUGACCCCACUGACGUUAAGACGGGAGAUGCCGAACCAGUCAUUUCUGUUGAUUAA